ACGAGUAUAGCAUCGCAUUAAUCGAACCUAUUAGAAAAUAUUCUGUUUGACAUCAGUAUGCCAUCAGGCACGUUCGCGGACAUCAAUCAACGCUCAAUUGUUUUAAAAUUGGCGCCAUUUUGUGUGACGUAGGGUCGUUGAUAAAUCAAUGUUAAUGAAGUUAUUAGGAAUCCACGCUGUUCUAGUGCCUGUUGUCACAACUUAAAAUGGAUAUUCAUUACGUGAAUUUGGUGAUUUUAAUACUGAGCUGUCAAAGGGUAACAGCCUCGGUGAAAGGAAACUCGAACAAUAUUUCCACCGAACAAACUAAUAACGAAGAGGUCAGUUGGAGUGGAAGACAACUUACGGAUAUUCCCAGAGGCAGCUUGACUAUAAAACAACUGGAUUUGGCAUACAACAAUAUUCUGGUCCUUCCACCGAACGUAUUUCAGAACAAAUCAUACAGAGACCUGGCAGUUUUGGAUUUGCACGAAAACAGUUUAUUCAACGUAAGCGCAUCGGCUUUCAAAGGAAUGAAGAAGUUGCGAAGUGUUGAUUUUUCCUAUAACAACAUAGAAGAUCUGGAUACUUACACAUUUGAGCAAAGCAGAAAAUUGGAAAAGCUCGAUCUAACUAGUAACAGAAUUACAUUUACAAAAUCCAAAGUGUUUUUGGUGUCUUCCACCAUGAAAACCUUAGUAUUAACAAAGAACAAUAUAGACGAACUAUAUGAACUCACAUUUGUCGGCUUAAAGCAUCUAACUAAUCUUAUUUUGGAUGAGAACACCCUGAACAAAAUACAUCCAAACUCUUUCAAACCUUUGCCUGAUUUACAAUUCUUGUCAUUAUCGAAUACAAGGGUUAUGCAUUUGGGUGCUUCCAUGUUUACACAAAUACCAAGGGUAAUGAAUAUAGAAUCAACCCCUUUGGCCAACACAUUCAACCCACCCUUGACGAGGAUAAAAAAGGAUCAGGUGACGAAUUUGCUCCGAGCAGAAGAAUACUAUAGAUUGGUAGAAUAACAUUGGCAAGUUGAAGAAAUCUCAAGUUUUAUUGAGAAAAAUACAGCUGCUCACUCCAAAAUGAGGGUUGUAGUGUUUGAACUACAAAUCAACAGAAUGGACUGGCUGGUGGGUGUCAAUUUUCUGAAAUGAAAAUUGGUGCGCGAUGUCGAGAGUGAGAGUUUAUGUUAAGUAUUACUGUGUAAAUAUUUAGAUUUAGGAAUAAUGUGUAAAUGUUUAAUUUAUAAAUUAGAAUUGAAUCUCCAUUCACCAGAAACGCCCAACUGAAUUGAGCUUUUGCUAAUGAACAAUCAAUAAGAAUUAUUAGCAUCUCUUCCAAUUUAUAAGAAUAUUUUUCAUUAGAGGCAUUGAAGAUAAUUUGAAGAUAAAAUAAAAUAAAAACUGAAUUACAGGAGUUAAUGUUCCGCUAUCGCAGUAUCAUCUUCAGGUUAGUGAAAAACAUGUUAUUCAGUUUUUAGGUUAAUUAUGGAUUUUCAUCAAGUAUCGGCCAUAUGAAUUCAAUAUUUGAAUUGACUAGAGUUCCUGUGUGUGUUGCAGAUACAAGAUGUACAACAGAGUUCUGUAAAUGAAACUUUGUUUUGGAAAUCAUAAACAAAAGGGGCAGUAUCUAGAACAAAGUUAUUAAAUUGUUUUAUAUUGAUUACGAAACUAAAAAUGAAAAAUUUUAAUAGAAUAACACUACUAUAAAUGUACGUCGAUAGAUUGAUGAAGAUUUUAUUUUUGAAUAAGUAGGUACAUGAAAUCCCAGCACAAGCCCAAUUAUUCAGGUUGAGCAUGCUGUACGAACAAUUUUUAUGUGGAUUGGGGGUGACAAUUAUGUGUUAUAAGUUGAUUACAACUGAAAAAUUACCUGCACUUCGGGAAAAUAGGUAUGAAUAGUUGGGCGUUAUUGACUAUGAGUAAAAUUUCUGGGUGCACAUAAAACACAUAAUCAAUGCUCAUGUUUUCAACUUUAAUUUAAUAGCUAACAAUUUUAACUUUAAUGCACACUGAUGAUUUACUUAAAAAGUCCAUAUUCUCAUCAAUAGCCCCUACAUAAAACAGUAGCGGCUAUUGGAUUAUUCAAAAUCUGAUCCUAAUUAUUGAUUGAAUGGAGUCUCAAUCAUCCAAUAAUAAUGACUGUUUUUUUAAAUUCCAUUUCUGGAACUUUUUCGUCACUUUUACUCAUAUCAAGAGAAAACCACUUGUAUAUAGUUGCUAAUAUUUAUUCAUAAAUUUCUCCACUUGUAGUUCUGUUUUUGAUAAUAAUUUUAUAACGACAGCUUUAGUAUAUUUAACCAAUGAUGAAUUUGUGAUUGAUUUCUUGUUAUUUAUUAGAAGCUUCAAUAAAACAUAAAUAAAGGGCUUUAAAGUA